UCAUUUAGUUCAAAACGGUCGGGCGCGUGAGACGCAUUCUCGUAUUCUAUAUAAUUACGCGCGGUUAUGUGUGAAGUGAUGAAUUGUGAGUGAUAUAAGUGUACGGUAUUCGAUAUGAAACUUUUGAAUUGGAUUAGUCUAGUGAAUUUUAUGACAGAUAAAAUAGAAGAAAACCGCGUAUGGACGAGAGAUACGAUAGUGGUCCAACCAAAGCGUCUUCGUACGCUUUUUGGACACUUCAGAAUGCUAUUUACAAAAAUCUCAGUGGGAAAUAUUUGCAAAAGCCUGACUUAAACGAUAAAUCGGUAAACACUAAAAGUGAAAAUGCUUUCCGUGAUAAGAACAAAGAAAGCAGUGAAUUUAUUAACGAAUCGAAUAGUGAGAGCGAUCGUAUUAUAGCGUCUGAAACUGAUACAGAGAGUUACAGUGACUUCGAAGAUAAUGAAGAGGUUAGAAAGAACGUGUGGAGUGAUAUCGAUGACGAACUAUACAUAGCCAAUUUAAUAAAAAUAAGAACUACAAAUGAAGUAAACCGCGUUAAACGUGAUACUAGAUAUUCUAGUGUUAGUGAUUACAGCGACAAGGUUGUGAAUAGUGUUAAGUUAGAUAAGUACGAGAUGUGGGAUUUGGAGCCCACGGACAUUACGGAGUGUGAUUGUCUUGGACCACCUCCAGAGUUUCUGCUUCCACCGCCUCCGCGACCACCAUUCCUGCAGGCAGACUACUAUUGUGGUGACGACCCGAUUUCGGAUUUGGAAACUUGCGAUACGGAACCAAAGAUAGACGCAUACAAUCAUAGCGGUCCAUCGCUUCAAACGUCAGCGGUGAUCGCUCUCUGCUCGAUCGUGCUCAUCGUGGGUGUGCUUAUAGGCGCCAUACUUGUUUGGAAGCAUAAACGGAAAGUGACUAACUUGCUACCAUCGAAGUCUUCAGCUACCAAUCAGAGCACAGGCUCUCAGAGGCGAGCACCACCACCAGCACCACUAUACGAGGACCUUCAAGAUCUGCCACGCCGACCACCAUUGCCACACAGGCCCGAAAUGGAACCACAACUUGAGAUGGUGGAAGCAAAGAGACCCAACUGCCAAGAACGGGUAUUCGUUUGCGGCACGGGUGGUUCAUGGAGAGGCGGCAAUUCUUGUGGUGGAGACACUUGUGGUGCACCUCUAUACGAAGAAUUGCCUCAUCGUUCGGACGACUCCAUUCACAGUGACGAUCAUUUCGCUGAGGACGAGCUUAGCCUCGUCGGCGAAGCGGUACCGUGUCGGACGUGUUCUAGACCACCCGCACCACAUUCAUUGCCUCAUAGACCAAGGCCACAAAGACUAGAUCGGCGGCCUAAGUCACUUGAAAGAAGACGGGCGCAGCAUAGAGUUCCUAGACAUAUGCAUCCUCCAGAUCCUUCAGAAUUCCACGAAGGAGUGCUUCUUGAUGCAUUGCUACGAUUGUAUCCUCAAGUCGGCACAGUUGGUGCUCGGCCACCUGGACCUAUGCCAUUGGGACCGGGAGGAGCCUGGCCCGGAGGUGAAUUACCUGGCAUCAAUUGCUGGAGAGGUCCACGAGCAUCUCCCAAACCUCCUAGUGGAGAUUCCUCGUUUGGCUCCGAUUCAGGAUACAGCAAUAAUACUUGUGGAACAUGUGGUACAAGGGCUUCCUCUAGACAUCGCUUGUCAGCUGAAAUACCAUUGUCAUGAACGAGAAGAUUUUUCGGACUCAGUGAUGGGCGUGCCAUAAUGGUUCCAUUUUGAGUGAUACCUGUUUUUUAAUGUAAUUCCAAGCAUUUACUAGGUUUACUUCUUACGGCCUACUUUCACUGAUAUUCAGUAUGGUCCUCUGCCUUCUUCGAUAAUAGUGUUUGUGAGUGAAUUAUUAUGACUAUGGAACUUAGUGAUAUCGAGUAGUGAUAAUAUUUCUACAGUCUGUACAAAAGAGUUUCUAAUUAGCUGAAGAUUUUCCAACGAGGAAUAACCAUAAUUUAAUUUUUUCAUAGCUUUUUGGAAUCAAUUUUUCAAUUUGAAUCAAAUGAGUAGGUAUUUUGUACGAUUAUGUGAACAUAGAUAAGUUGUUAAGUUGUAGAAGUUUCGUCAUAGUAAGUUAUAUCGAACUAGUCCUAAAUUAAUUGCAGUUAUCAAAUUAUAAUACACAUAUUUGUUUUAAUGUAAAAAUAUAAAUUGUAAAUUUUGGGAUUCACUGAAUUUGUAGAUAUUGUAUAAAUAGUUGAUAAAAAUUAAGUUAGUAUAGUGACUUGGAUUUUAAUAUCAUAUCACAAUGAAAUUAUCUACAUUGCAUUUAUAGAAUAAAAUCAUUGAUGUCCUUUUAAUUAUGUUUUUAAAGCUUUAUUUAUUUAUAUAUUUCUGGUGCUAAAGAAUUUGUAAUUAUUGUACUGCCAUCGUCUUUAUGAUGUUCAUGAUGUUUAAAUUUCUUUUCUUUGUAUACUUCAAGUAAAACAUUUAUGUUUAAUCAAUUUUGUAAUAUUAAACAUUUUUGAAUUAUGUUUGGAAUCAUAUCUUCAUAUGGAAAUAAAACGUCAUAAUCAAAUUUUAAAUAAACAUUUUAGGAACAACGCGACGCAAUGUUUAUAUAACUUUGAGCAUCUUUUAAAAAUUCAUGUAUAUUAAAAUUUAUUAUAAUUUAUUUUAAUUACAACUUACAUCAUUAAAAUCUUAUAGUUUAUCUAAAAUUUUGUACCAUUCUAAAGUAAUUCCAAUAAAAAACAAUCAUUACUCAUUGACACAAUGUAUAUUGAAAAUUAUAUUCGAUCGUCUAUAACUGUUCUUGUUUUUUGUUUUUAAUAUAUUAUUUAAGUGAUAUUUAUUAUACCUGUAACAUCGUUUCGCAUGUUUUAAAACAUCACUAUUACGAUAAAGUUUACGGACAAAUGUGUCUAUUUAUAAAUAUGAGGAGCACAAUAAAAUAAAAAAUAAAUACAUUUCUAAAUA